CCAAGGCAACCAUCCUAGAGGGCAGUAGAGAGAGACAGAGGCGCUCAGAGGCUGAGAAGACAAGCCCAGUGAUGCUCCCGGGCCAGAAUGAGCGGACCCAAGAGCAGGACCGGGCAGCAGCCCCGUCCGAGGCCUUUGGUGCCACAGGAACGUUCAUCAGGCUCUGGAGCCCCGCCGCCCGAGAGGACCGGCGCGGAGGGUGACCUCCAUUUCUGCCUGGCUCACGUCUGGGGGGGCCCUGGCCCGGCAGCCCCCCCGCACCGCUCCCGCCCUGAAACACGGCUCUAGCCAACCUGCUCCGCUGCUUCACCUGCGACCGUCUGUGCGGGGGCUGCACGGCGCCCGCGCCCCCCGCCCGCCAGGGCAUCGUCCUCCAGCCCGUCAUGCCCAGCUGCGACCCUGGCCCGGCCCCCGCCUGCCUCCCCGCCAAGACCUUCCGCAGCUACCUGCCUCGCUGCCACCGCACCUACAGCUGCGUCCACUGCCGCGCACACCUGGCCAAACACGACGAGCUCAUCUCCAAGUCCUUCCAGGGGAGCCAUGGCCGAGCCUACCUGUUUAACUCCGUGGUCAACGUGGGGUGCGGGCCAGCUGAACAGCGCCUCCUGCUCACCGGGCUGCACUCGGUAGCUGAUAUUUUCUGCGAGAGCUGCAAAACCACCCUGGGCUGGAAAUAUGAGCAGGCUUUUGAGACGAGCCAGAAGUACAAGGAGGGGAAGUACAUCAUUGAGAUGUCGCACAUGGUGAAGGACAACGGCUGGGACUGAGGGUUUCCGGCGGCCUCUGCCCUCCCGACGCAUGCCCCACGCUCCCACACCUGCCCCCGCCCGGCCGCGCGUCCACACCAGCAUGAGUACUGCCCCACCCCUGGGGGGGACCCUGCUCCCGCCGCCCCUCCCCCCGCCGCCCCCCCAUCAUGCCCAGGCCCCUCUGGAAUGGGGGUCGGGGGUACCCCAGGGGUGCUGAAGGCUCAGGCGUGGGCAGCAGUCAGGGAGAGACAGAAACGGGGGGGGGGGGGAAACGGAUGGCCGUGGGGCCUUGUCGCCCCAAGGUCCAGAAAACCGAGGGGCUGGCGGGGCGGAGACGCAGGCAGAGAGGACCCCCGGGAGGAAGCCGUGUUUGCUCCACUUCUGCGAGCGAACAGAGGACCAACCUCGAGUCCUGGCGCUGGGAGAUCCUAGGCCACAGAAUAGCAGGUGAGAAGAGGCUCAAGGUGGAGUGAAAUGCUGACCUCAUACGCCGGAGGUACAGGAGUCUCUUAAGGGUGACGUUUCCCACUCCCCAUUUGCAGGAGCCAGGAUUCGUGGCGGGGGUGGGGGGGACGCGGAAGAAAAAAAAAAUCCCGAGUCCCAGGCCCUGGGAGACCAUCAAAGCAUCCCAGGGGUUUGCAUUUCACUCCACUUGGUAGUUUACUUGGCACUGAAGAGGCACUUUCGAGUAUCUGACCUUUGCCAUGGGGUGGGGUGGGGGGAGGUGCCCCCAGGAACAGCCCGCACCCCCGGCUGGCAGUCUCCAGAGCGAGCAGGGUUGGUGGGCAUCCUCCGAGGCCGGGCUACUGCUCCUUGGGACCCAGGCCCUGGGAGGGAAGGUGGGGGAUCAGUGCCACGAGGCUAGGCGUCCUCGCGGCUGCCACCAGCGAACGAAACUUUUGUAUGAUACAUAAAGUGUUUGGGUCUAUUUUUAAUAAAAAGGGGAAAGCAACAUGUGAGGCAGUCGGUCCUCUGACUUUUCUUGGCAGGCACCACAGACCGUCCCCUGCACACCCCCGUCCCAGGCCUGCCCCUUCAGCUGCUGUUUAGUAGCUAAGCUGACUCUUUUGCAAUGCCGUGGACUACAGCCCGCCAGGCUACUCUGUCCAUGGGAUUCUCCAGGCAAGAAUACUGGAGUGGGUUGGCAUUUCCUUCUCCAGGGGAUCUUCCGGACCCAGGGAUCAAACCCAGGUCUCCUGCAUUGCAGGCAGAUUCUUUACCACCUCAGCCACCAGAGAAACCCGCCCUUUUACCCCUAGGGGGCAGCAAUUGCUCUGUCUAUGGCAAGACACCAGGGGAUGGCGAUUCAGGUGAGGUUUUGCUUCUGAGAUGGUUGUUUUGGUUUUUUUUUUUUUGAGUGAGAUUCCAGCAGGAGCAUCCUUAACAGCUUCUUUCUUUUGGAGCUCUUGGCAAGGAAUCCACUUUUGCCUGGUUUGAAGAGAUUCAUUCCAGAACAAGAGCUUUCUUAGGUCCCAUUGCCUUUCAGCCUGGUUCUGGAAUCUUUUGGUCAGCUCACGGCCGCUCUUAAAGUGAAAAGGAAAAUCGAUCAGCCAAGGUGCUGCCCUGGCAGCAGAUACAAACUGGAACAAAAUAGCUCAACACUGCAGCAUCAAUGCAACCAUGUGACCCAAGUGCAAUUGUUGGCAGUGCUGUGAAAUUCUUAUUGUUGCGGGGUCACCGACAACUGCAGGGAGGAUUGGAUGAAUCAUAAAAAUCUUUUUUUUGGUAAGCUAGCUUGUUAUUUCCACAUUCAUUCAUUGGUACUGUAAAUGUUUGUAAGAGCACGUCUCCCUUGCCAGGCCUUGUUUAGCACUGGCAAAGCAGUGGAGAAGAAGGCAGUCGGGGCCUGACUUCAUGGAGCUUCCUGUCUAGUGCAGCAGGAGGACAGACAAGAAGCAGGGAAUUCCAGGAGAAGGUGAUGGGGGAGUAAGCGCAGGGCUCGUGGUAGAGGCUUCAGCUAGAUUUGAGGAAAGAAGCCUUUGCAGAAGUGAUGACUUUGAAAGGCCUUGAAAGCUCGGAGGUUGGGUGAGCAGAAAGGAAGAGUAAGCGGAGGGGGAUAGUUCAGGCUGAGAGAACCGUGUCAGGUGGCUCAAGUUUAGUUAAUGUGAAGAGGAAAUAAAAGUUUCUUUCCUAAACUGGAGCACAGAUACGAGUGGAUGAGAGGUGAGCCAGCCCGGGAAAGACAGGCUGGGGCCAUGAAACGCUCAAGGAUUCCAUCCCAAGGGCACUGAGUCAACACUGAAAAUGUCUUGUCCUUUAACAAGUGGACUCGCAUCACCAAAUGGCUUUUUUGUGCCCCAAAAGAGGCUCAAGUAGAAACGCUAAGAAUGAAAAAAAAAAACAGACUUAAAGCUAACUGGAGUCUCAGAUACUAUUGUCAACAUUAGAAUGAAGAGGCUGUUUGGGCAGAAGAGCUUCUAGCACACAGGUGUUAGAAGGCAAAUCAAGCCCUGAAGGAAUGAUGCCCAGCACCCCCAUCUGAGGGGCCUCAGGGUUCGUCCCAGCACCCCAAUCUGGGAGGCCUCAGGGUGGUCCGUCCCAGCCUGCCUGGUGAUGCCCAGAGCCUUCUCUCAGGUUCCAGCAAGGGACCCAGAAACCCUGUCCUUCUCAAUCCCACUUCUUGCACCAGAGUUUAGGAAGGCUUGUCCUUGAAAAUUUCUGACCUUGAACAUCAGGCACAAACUAGCUGCCUUCUUAAAGCUCCCCAAAUCUGCGUCUCUCUUAAUUUACUUAUGAAGCCAACUAGGACCUGUGGGAAACAGGAAAGUAAAACAGCGCCCACGGCUCUCAGUUCUUUGUAAUCUCUCCUGGAAGAAUUAUUCUGCGAGUUGGGUUCAAGGGAUCCUAUGCAAUCUUUGCGAUCAGGCCAUGGGGCAGGACCAUCCAAACUUUGGAUGAUCAGACAGGUGUCAAGUACCCUGUGACCAAGAAGGGUAGGUGGAGAGAAGGUCUCCUU